UCUCUGGGUUUAUGUGUAUUUCCUGUUUUCUUCUCCCUCUGCUGUGAUUCAGUCACAUGUGAACUCAGUGGGACAUUUGGACGAGGACCAUCAAACCAUCAACCCCAGCACAACCAUCAAGCUAUUAUCCCUUUGUGCGGGUCUCCAUGGUGACCCUGUCAAAGACUCUUUUGUGGUGGUGUCGCUCGCCCGCCUCGCUGGCCCCCCCGCUCUCACUCUGAUUUGAACCGCUCGGUACAGGUGCUGUUUCAGUGCAGAUGGAGAUGUCGGCAGCAGGAAGCCCAGGGACCGGACACCGCCAGCACUCGGUGAAGAGGAGGAGGUGGGGGGGUCUGAGGCAGCAGUGGAAACUUCUGGGCCUUUUUGAGAUCGAUCAGCAGCACGAGUUCUACAGCCUGACCUGCAUGAUGAAGGAGGGGCUGUCGGCCGCCAUUCAGAACACCAGCAGCAGAGCAGCCUCAACUGAAGCGUCAGACGAUGAUUUCAGAUCAGAGGUUUCUCAGAUUCACAAGGACUUCACCAUGCAGACCUUUGCCGGCCCGGUGUUCUCCGGCCUGCGUGGCUCGUUGGGGAUGACGGAGACGGAGUACGAGCAGUCGCUCUGCUCCGAUAGCUGCUACCUGCAGUUCAUCAGUAACUCCAAGAGCAAGGCCGACUUCUUCCUGACAAAUGAUAAACGCUUCUUUUUGAAGACCCAGAACAAAAGGGAAAUCCAAUUCCUUCUGUCCAACCUGAAGAUCUACAUGGAACAUCUGAGGAGGUACCCCCAUUCACUGCUGGUCAAGUUCCUAGGUGUUCACAGGAUCAACGUCCCUCACCGACACAAGAAAUACUUCAUCGUCAUGCAAAGUGUGUUUUAUCCAGAUGAUCGGAUCCAUGCCAGGUACGACAUCAAAGGCUGUGAGGUGAGUCGCUGGACGGAGCCUGCACCGGAGGGGAGCCCGAUGAUUGUGGUUCUCAAAGAUCUGAACUUUGAAGGGCAGCACAUCACACUUGACCGGCAGCGUCCAUGGCUCCUGCGGCAGCUGGAGAUCGACACACACUUCCUGCAGCAGCUCAACGUGUUGGACUACAGUCUCCUCCUGGCACAUCAGGACCUCCAGAAGGACGAGCGCCACCAGAGUCUGUCCUUCGCCACGCUCAUCGCGAGGACCAAGAAAUCUGUGAACCCCGGCUCCAGCCCGGCUGCCGUCCCCGGUGAAGUCCCACAGGACGACUCCAUCUUGCUUUUAUCUGAGGGGGAUGAAGGAGGUUUGACUUCUGCACAAGCAAGAGAAGCAUUGAGCAGUAGCGCUCUUCACACCUGCCCAGGAACUGCUGGGCCAGGCAGCGAUGCCACUGAGCUCCCGGACUUCAGGGCCCAGAACCGACGUCUGCUGCCCAACCUGAAGAACCCUCUGCACGUCAUCGACGGGCCCGAGCAGCGCUACUUCAUCGGCGUCAUUGACAUUUUCACGGUUUACGGUUUUAAGAAGAGGCUGGAGCAUUUGUGGAAGAGGCUGAGACACCCGGGCCGCUCCUUCUCCACCGUCAGUCCACAGACCUACUGCGUCCGGCUCUGUCAGUGGGUUCAGGACCACACCAAGUAGUCUGGCUCUCUGCCCGGGCGGCUCAGCCCUGUAAUGAAACAUGCUUGAUGUCUGCUGUGGAUAAAGGAUGUG